GUGCGGAGCUCAGACUGCUGGAGCCUAGCCACGAUGCUGUGGGGUUCAGUGCUAGGGGCCCUGCUCAUGGCUGUCGGUUGCCUCUGCCUCUCCUUGCUGCCCAGGCACCGCAGGCCCUGGGAGCCACCUCUGGACAAGGGGUUUGUGCCCUGGCUGGGUCACACCAUGGCCUUCCGGAAGAAUAUGUUUGAAUUCCUGAAGGGAAUGCGGGCCAAGCACGGGGACGUGUUCACACUGCAGCUGGGAGGCCAGUACUUCACCUUUGUCAUGGAUCCCCUCUCCUUUGGCCCCAUCAUUAAGAGCACGCAGAAAGUGCUAGACUUCGUGACGUACGCUCGGGAACUGGUGUUCAAGGUGUUUGGGUACCAGUCCAUGGAUGAGGACCACCAGAUGCUGCACAUAGCCAGUACCAAGCAUCUGAUGGGACAAGGCUUGGAGGACCUCAACCGGGCCAUGCUGGACAGCCUGUCCUUGGUGAUGCUAGGACCCAAAGGCCGGAGUCUGGGUGCCAGGUCCUGGUGUGAGGACGGCCUCUUCCACUUCUGCUACAGCAUCCUGUUUAAGGCUGGCUUCCUGAGCUUGUUUGGCUGCACCAAGGACAAGGAGCAGGACCUGGAUGAGGCCGAUGAGCUGUUCAGGAAGUUCCGCAGAUUUGACCUACUUUUCCCCAGGUUUGUCUACUCCCUGCUGGGGCCCCGGGAGUGGGUAGAAGUGAGCCAGCUGCAGCGUCUCUUCCACCAGAGACUCUCUGUGGAGCAAAACCUGGAGAAAGACGGCAUAAGUAACUGGUUGGGCUUCAUGCUUCGGUUUCUGAGGGAGCGAGGGAUGGCUUCAUCCAUGCAGGACAAAUUUAACUUUAUGAUGCUCUGGGCCUCCCAGGGGAACACGGGGCCCACCUGUUUCUGGGCCCUCCUGUUCCUGCUGAAGCAUCAGGACGCCAUGAAGGCUGUGCGAGAGGAAGCCACUCGGGUCCUGGGUGAGGCCAGGUUGGAAGCCGAGACAUCCUUCGCUUUCACUCUCAGUGCCCUGAAAUGCACUCCAGUGCUGGACAGCGUGAUGGAAGAGACUCUUCGUCUCUGUGCCACCCCCACCCUCCUCAGGGUGGUGCAGGAGGAUUAUGUCCUAAAGAUGGCCAGUGGGCAAGAGUACCAGAUCCGCCGUGGAGAUAAGGUGGCUCUCUUCCCCUAUCUCUCAGUACACAUGGACCCCGACAUCCAUCCCGAGCCCACGACCUUCAAGUACAAUCGGUUCCUCAACCCUGAUGGCACCCGGAAAGUGGACUUCUACAAGUCAGGCAAGAAGAUCCACCACUACAACAUGCCCUGGGGGUCGGGUGUCUCCAUAUGUCCCGGCAGGUUCUUUGCCCUCAGUGAGAUGAAGACCUUUGUCCUCCUUAUGGUCAUGUACUUUGACUUUGAACUGGUGGACCCUGACGUGCCUGUGCCCCCUAUCGACCCAAGGCGCUGGGGCUUCGGCACCUCCCAGCCCAGCCACGAGGUACGCUUUCGCUACCGCCUGAAGCCCAUGCAGUGAGCUCAGACCUGAGCACACCCUGCAGCCCAGAGCGGCACUGAACACCCAUCCUCUGGCUCCAAAGCACCCCUACCUCUCCCCGGCAUCCCUGCCAUCUUGCCUCCUAGACAUCAUGCAUCCUAGAGGUCUGCCAUGCUCCCUGUAAGAUGCCAUCCCCCCAGUGGUUUCCGCCUGACCCACCUCUCAGGAGGAAAACCUGUGGUCAGUUCGAUUUACAGCUGGUUACCCACCCAAGUUUGACUCAUCCCGGAGGACAGUACCAGCUCCCAUGAGUCAAACAGUAUCUUGCAAAUGCUGCCUCAGCCCAUCCUACCUGCCUUACUUGAUGCCCUUACUCCAAAUCCUAUCGAUUCAGACUCCAGAGAUGUUACUCAAUGGAAUCAAGCCAUGUGUGCAAUUGUUAAGUUCUUAAUAGAUAUGCACUAAAAGAAAAGGAUU